AUGUCCGGGGAUGUGGCCAGACACUCAGGCCCAAAAGGCAGCCGCGAAAAGUCCACUCCUGAUUCAUCACUGUUCAAUCUGGCCGAGGAACACACUUUUAAAGACCCUGGGAAGAUACCCGGGGAACCUGAGGUUAGAAUUACUCUAACCAGCUGCAACGUGCAAUCAUUGGAGAGGGUACGUGCUGACCUGCUCAGAGGUGCAAAGGAAAAGAAUCUCGUCGUGAAAGAACCAGUUCGGAUGCCUACCAAGACUCUGAGAAUCACUACAAGAAAAACUCUUCGUGGUGAAGGUUCUAAGACUUGGGAUUGUUUUCAGGUGAGGAGCUGCAGGCGACUCAUUGAUUUGCACAGUCCUUCUGAGAUUGUUCUGCAGAUUACUUCCAUCGGUCUCGAGCCAGGAGUCGAGGUUGAAGUCACCAGUGCUGACGCUUAAAUCAGCUUUUUGAAUGAACUGAUUAUCGGUUGUUACAAAAAGAAAAAAAGAAAGAAAGAAAAAGAAAAUCAGAGGGAUAGUGCAGUGACUCAUCAUGAGAUGACUAUGGCAAAGGCACAGGUGUUGAAGCCAUACAGACCACUGUUCAAGUCUGAAACUGCCACUUAUUAGGAUACUUUGAGAAAGCCAUUCAACUUUCCUGAGCCACGCAACUGUGGCUCCACCUUUAAAUUAGAAUUAAUAAAGUUGAGGGGCUCCCGGUUGGCUCAGUCGGUUAAGCGCCUGACCCUUGGUUUCAGCUCGGGUCAUGAUCUCACGGUUCGUGGGUUUGAGCCCCGUGUCGGGCUCUGCGCUGGCUUCCUUGGGAUUCUCCCUCUAAAAAAAUAAUAAAGUUGGGAUAAAAAGAUAAUUUAAGUAAAUGAAAUACUAGACCUUAUGGAGUAGAUAGUCACUUCCUGGUUCUCCUUGCCAUCAUCACAGGUAAGAAAUAAGUUUAUUUCCUGAGCAUUAAUUUAUUCCCCAGGUAUUUUGAGUGCUCACUAUGUAUGUUGGAAAUUAGAUAUGAUUUAACAUCAGCCGAGGAUGUCAGUGAAGACAAAGUGAAAUCAUUUUAAUGCAUAUGAAGGAACUAUGUUGCCCUUAAAUAAAAUGGUUCAGCUUACAACUGACCAAUUAGAUUUCAGCUGCACACAAAUUGCUUUUGUUUGUUUUUAGACUUGUAUACUACAUCAUUCAUAUUCUCACCCAGUCUUUCUUGUGAUUCACAACGUAUCUGCAAGAUGGCCACACAGGAAAGUAAAGCUGGAAUCCAGCUCAUAAACAGUGGACUCCUUGAGUGCAACUGUCUCAUAGUUAACUGUGCCUUUCACUGCCUAGGAAUAGCAUAUAGACUUUGAGUUUUAUUCUGGAGGAAAUGGAAGGCUUCUGAAAACUUUGAUCAGAGGAGUAUCAUGAACUGACUAUAUUUGAAGCGACUUAUUCCGCCUUAUGUGGAGGACAGAUGGUUAAGGGGGCAAAGAUGAAAGCAGGGAGGCCUUUGGAUGGUCUCUGUGAUAAUAAAAGGGUGACAUUACAGUGAUUUGGUCUUAAACGGCUGUGGUGGGAGAUGGUGAGAAACGAUUGGAUUCUGGACCCGAUUUGAAGCUGGCAUGACAGAAUUUGCUGGUGGGUCGUAGUGUGAUAUGAGAAAAGGAGAAGAAUCAAGCCCUAAUCCGAGGGUUUGGGGACUGAGCCAGGAGAAAAAUGAUGUCGGCACUUACUGAGAUGAAGAAAACCAGGAGCAGGGGAAAACUUUUGAGGGGGAAGAUCAGGGAUACAAUUUUACGUGACUUAAAUUUGAGACUUCUAUUAAAUACCCAAGAUUUGAAUCUAGAUUUCGGGACAAACCUUGAAGGAGGAGAUAGGAAUUUGACUAUCGUUGGUGGCUAGAUGGGGUUCAGUGUCAAAUGACUGGGAGAGAUCACCGGAGAGUGGACGUAGAGAGAAAAGGAGACGAGGUCUCAAGUGUGAGCCCUCAAACGCUGCAACGUUUAGCGGUCAAGACAAGAAGGAAUCAGCAAAGGAGGACCGAAGGAGACCGAGAAGAAGGAGGAGAACUCGAAGAGAGACUGGCGUCUCAGAGACAAGAAAGAGAAAAAAUUAAGAGGUUUCGAGGAGAGGAAGAGGGAGUGGUUCGCUGUGUCAAACGUUGCCAGUAAGCCCAAUAAGAGGAGGACUGAGGACUGAUCUUUAGAUUUGGCAAAGUCUUAUUGAUAACCUUGACAAAAACUGUGAUCCUGGAAACACUGGGAAGGUGACCACUGAUUGGAUGGCGUUCAAAACAAAAGAGGAGGAGAGAUAGAGAGAGUGAGAACAGACAUCUCUUACAAGGCUUUUGUUUUAAAGGGGAGGAAAGUAAUGGGGCAGGGGGUAACGACUUGAAAUGUAGGGUGUGAGCAAGCACGCACUUAUGGCCCAGGCACUGCUGAGUCAGACGGGAUGCUGGCUACAGGUCUGGAGCAGGGUCUUGGAGGGCCCCGCUGAUCAGACUUUAAGCCUUUGGUUGCUGGAUUAUGGAAUGCCCAUGAGGUCCCGGGGGAGGGGUUGGGUUGAAAGGAAAUGGGAGAGGGGAGACUUGGGAAGCUCAGGGCAGUGGUUGCAUACUGACAGGCCUAGAGGUGUCUCAGUACUUUAUCAGUCAACAUGGUGGUACCAGUGUGUUUUAGUUGAACAUCAGCCUGGAUCCAUAAAGAGGUGUCUUUCUUUAUUAUCUUCAUUUAAAACAAUUUUUUAAUGCUUAUUU